ACCUUAGUAUAUUGCUUAGAUGUGGUUCAAUUACGCAACAAAUGACAUAAAAUAAUAUUCAAAUGGUGAUUUUAGUAUACUGCUUUUAAUGUUUAUAAAUGGACUAGGCCAACAUAUUAAGCUCGCCGAACAGGCUGAUAAAAAAUAGGACGACUCAAAUGUGUAUACCGGAUCCCUGGAAAGGCAUUCAAUUUGUUCAAUUUCUGUUACUCCCGGCUCUCAAUUCAGAGUGCUCUUUUCGCCACUGCAGUGCCGUACUUUUAAGGGAGUUCUCUAGCAGCUCCCAGAAUCAAAAUGUCAGAGUACCAAUUACCUUUCCAUAUUCAAGAGGAGAUCAUGAAAAGGCUUCCGGUGAAAUCACUGAUUCAAUUCAGAUGCGUAUCAAAAGAAUGGAAGUCUUUGAUUGACAGCUCUGAAUUUAUUGCUGCUCACAGCAACCUUCGCCACACUCAGAAACAACAUCUGCUUGUAUCAUAUGAAGAACCGAUGGAUGAGGUAAACUAUGUUUGUUGUAUCGAUGAUGACACUUUCCCCCAACAGAGAUCUCUUCCUACUCUUCCUCGAUCCGUUCAACAGCUUAUUAUUCCAAGAGUAAUUGGUAGCUCUCAUGGCUUGUUUUGUUUAUAUGGCUAUGACCCCAACAAUAAAACUAAGUUGUUUGUUCUUUGGAAUCCUUGGAUCAGAAAACCGAUUGUUGUUGCUGCGCCUAACCUACCAUUUGUUGGUUUUGGGGUUUGUCCUGUGACUAAUGACCCUAAAAUCGUGUCAGUUACACAAUCUUCUUGGGAUGAAUCAGAUGGUGAAACCAAAGUUAUGGUAUACACCUUAAGCUCGGGGACAUGGAGAAGCCUAACCAGUAAUCUACCCACUCAACCACUUCAUGAUUGGUUUACUGUAGUAGUUACUGAUCUGUUUGUCUAUUGGUGUGUUGAGUUACCGAAUCAAAACAUGAUUAUGUCAUUUUGAUGUGACUAAUGAGAGCUUUGAAGUGAUAAUAAUUUAGCUACACGUGAUCUCGGGGACUUGUAUAUUUCCAAGGCAUGGGAGUCUCUUGCUUCGCUUCAAUACAGCGGAGACAACUGUGAUGUAUGGAUGAUGGAACAUGGCGUUCAUAAAUUGUUUACAAAGAUAUUCACCAUAACGACACCUCACGAAAUAGUGGGAUUUAGGAAGAGUGGCGUCCCUAUCAUGCAACUGACAGAUGAUCCUAAUGAUUAUGAUGAACCAAGUAAACUUGUUGUUUAUUAGCCCAACUCAGAACACAACAAUAUUCUUGAGAAUUCUGACUCGCCUUAUUCCUUCUAUGUGAAUAACUACAUGGAAACCCUGCUUUUGCUAGGUCGAUCUGACUGUAUCAGUUAUUGACAUAAAUAGAGGACGAAGAGAAUCGCCACAUUACAGUUUGACAAUUGAGGAUGACAUCUGCUGAUCAGUUAAAGUUGAUAAAAAUUUGAAUGUAGAUGCUGCUUUAGCUCCGGGAUCAAUGUUUCUAACAUCAAUGGUGUUAAACCUCACAUUUUUAUGAACAUUAUGCACUUAUAUGUUACUUGUUGAAAGUCAACUAGAUAUGUCUAGUAACCUCACUCCGUUGGCUUAAUUGGUAAGACACUAAGGCUUACAAUUUCUCACCUUGUUUAAAAGAGAGUAUGGAAUUAAACAUAAAUCCUACAAAAUACCAGUGUUGUAGAUGAUGAGAUUUUAGAACAUAUAUUAUUCUGCUGGUAUGUAUUGACAAUAACUAUAUUUAUGUUUAAGUACAUGUGUACUAUGGGUAUUGGGUUAUAGAAGGGAAAUGAGUGAUGGUUAUUUUCAAGGGGAUUGGCUGUCAAGUUAGUCUACUUAAUGAUGAGGGUAGUACUCAUUUAACUAUUUAAGUAACUCAUUAUCUAUAUUGAAGAUUGUGUGAUAUGAUGGUAUGGUUGAGAUUUGAGAAUAAGAUGGUGUUGAAACUACAUAAUAAUGAGUAUUGAUCUAAUGAUGAAUUAACUAAAGAUCCAUCCUAAUGAUCUGACAUAAUGAUGGGGUAAUGAUCCAAGAUGAAUCAACUAAAGAUCUUACUGAAUGAUGGGCUAGUGUGUAUCGAUGAAAUAAUCUGAUGAUGAUGAGAGUAGUGAUUAAACGAUGGAAUAAAGGUGAUUCUCUCGGGACGAUAAUUGUACACUUGAAGAACAAAGUGUAGAUAUUCUUGAAUGCACUGAUUGAUGGUGUAUGAAAGUUGAUUGUUAUUUUAUGUUAUGUUGUUGUUAUGUUCAUACAUUUUUAUCGUUAAUUUACAUGGGAAUAUAACCUUACUCACUGAGCUUAUUAGCUUAUAGAUGCUUUUACCAUUUUUUGAAUCAUGUUACAGGUGGUGGCACAAACGGUAAGUGAAAAGAAGUAGCUUAGCUUGUAGAUAGCAUAUGGGGAUUUGUAGACUUUGAUGCUCUGGAUGUAGUAAUAUUGUGUCAUGCCAUUUGUGUGGUUUUGGUUUAUUGUGGUAUGUGUGCUAAUAUGUACCUGGAUAUCCUUAGUUGAUAUGAAAGUGCAUCAUUUUGUGUCAA